AUGGAUGUAGAUAGACUGAUGAAGGAUUUAACAAUAGACCAACUGGAGAAUAUCCAUUCCAGUCUACAGCUCGAAAUGGAGAGUAAGAAGGAAGGUCUGAGAGAUAUGGUGGGUAGACGUUAUAGAGAUGUACUUGAAGCUUCUACAGAGGUACGUCAUGUCAGGCAACUUGCUGAGACAUUAGCGGAAGCAUUAGGUCAAGCAAGAAACACCCAAAGCUUCACUGACACCAAAACUGUUCCCAGAAAUAUGCAACACAAUGUUCAAAUGUUCAUCGCCCUGCAUCGACUACUCCCUCUCAUAGGUGACGAAGAUGGAGACGCUUUGUGUGAUGCUUUUGCUCUUUUAUUAUCAGAAAAUAUCCACAAACAAUUGGCUUCUGCUCACCUCCCUAGUGUGAUUAGCAGUGUUGUUUCGACAAUAACAGGAAGAUUAGUUCGAACACGACGAACGUUAAUCAGCAGUCUCGAGCAAGAGUUAGGAGAGUUGUCUAAUCCAGACUGGGUAACAAAUCAAUUGAUUGCAUUAGCAUUGAUCAAAGAUGUUGAUCUUGAAGGUCUUCUUAACUCAUACUUAACAGCGAGAAAGAACUUUAUUGGGAAACAGCUUGAAGAGUCUAGCUCACUGUUAUCAAUUCUCAAUCAUUUGAAAUCGACUUUGGCAGUAAUUGACCAACUGUUCACUCAUGGAGAGUUGUCUCGGCAUAUACAAGCUUUAAGUAGCUCAGGCUAUCGCCCAGCUCUUUUCGAUUCUUUGAUAUGUGACCAAGCUUCAUCUUUCUCUUCGGUCAUGGUUGGAGAAAUUGAAAAACUUAACAGAUCACAGAGGGAAAGAAAGUCCUCUCAGCUUUUAACGCAAAAAAUUAAUGAUAAAUGCAUAUCAUGGGUUGAUAGUGUUUGUGCUCUUUCUCAUGAAACCGUAUCAGUCAUCUGUGGAUUUUAUGAAAAAUCGGAAGAUAUCAUCGAGUUUCUUCAAGCCAUAAGCACUGUCUUUCGUGAAAAUUGGCCUCGAGUUAUUACGAAUUCAACUCUAUACCAGAACUUCUUCCAGACAGCCCUCCUGAAUAAAUUCCAGGCAUUAAUGGAACGAGAUUUGUCUAACUUGGAGCAAGAAUUUCUGAACAAGCUGAGCCUCAUUUCAUUGGCACCUCAUCCACUCUUCGAGAAACGAGCUGGUAAAUUCGACUCAUUGUUAGGUGUUGGAAUAUCUAGAGGACUUUACGAUGCUGUGACCGUUCUUUUCGAAGGGGUUCAAGUAAUUCGUAAACACUGUUCUCAAUAUGAGAAAGUGGGUUUGGAAGCGGAAUUGGUUAGUUUGAAAGAAAGUUUUGCUGAAGGAUUAGUCAGUAUAAUAGAAAGAAUCUCACAUCAUAAUGUGAACUCUUCGGACGAGCAAGCCUGUCUGGCACGAGCCAGACUUUCAUUGAGUUUUUUGCAUAGUGAGGCUUCUCUCUUAUGUCAAUGUCUGAACAAAGACGGAGAUAGGAUACAGAAAGUCAAUAGCAUCUUGCAUACAGCGAUCGAGGAAUCUUUGAGGUAUAUUCGAACAGAAAAACACUUUUAA